UUGCUCGGCGCAAGGGCUGAAUCCAAAGGGGACAGUUGGCCUCACGCACAAUUCAUGACUGGACCAUGGCGCCCGCCGCACCUCAUGAUGUCCACUUACGGCGAAGUAAACCCAGGGAAGUUCUUCAUCAGUGUUCGAAAUCCGAUGGUCGGCACGGCCGCAACCAUAUACGAUAAAGACGGUGAAAUGAUUUGGCAAGGCCCCCAUACAAAAACAAUGGACUUUAAAAUGCAGAGACUAUUUGGCCAGGAUGUGAUCACCUACUGGUCUGGUCAAACGGGGGUACUCGGCUACGGCUAUGGCUCUGUUCAUAUUCUUGACACUGCAUACAACGAGAUCUAUACCAUAACACUUAAAGACAAACUCGUCACGCCUGACGACAAGGAUCGAGAUUCCUAUAUCGACGUUCAUGAACACCUAAUCACCCCGGAUAAUACUAUCAUCGUCUCUGCAAUCAAUAUUACUCAGACCGACACGAGCGAUAGGGAAGAUGGCCAUCCGGAUACGUGGAUCAUCGACUGUCUCUUCUACGAAAUCGACAUCGAAACAAACAAGAUCCUAUUCACGUGGAGCGCCUUGGACCAUCGCGACUACCUUCCGCUCAAGGACUCAAAAAAUCCCAAAGGUUGGAUGGGAGCCUCUAGGAGAACUGCAUGGGAUGCCUACCACAUGAACUCGGUCGAAUGGGCGAACGGUGGGUUCGUGGUUUCGAUCCGAUUUUGGUGGUCUGCAUUUUAUAUCAAUAGGAAUGGCACAAUGCGCUGGCAGCUUUCAGGUGGCGGUCCUGGAGAAGGAACGAUUGAAAAUGACGCACACUUCGCCUGGCAGCAUGAUAUUCGGAUACACAAUGAAACAGAUCACAAUGUAGUAGUGACACUAUUUGACAAUCAUGCCAGAGCAUUAGGAAGAGGAUCUAAGGCCGAGUCCAACGGGAUCGCUAUCGACGUGGACCUCGUUAGGAUGAAAAGCACCACGUUCCGUCGCGUGAAUACGGGUGCGUCCGAUCCCGUCCAGGCUCGGACGCAAGGGAGUUUCCAACUGCUCGAUUAUAAUGCGACUGGCCACAUAUUCAUGGGGUACGGUUCAAUGUGCAAGUUCAAGGAGUACGACGGGGACGGGAAGGUUGUUCAGGCCGGCCAGUUUGGCUAUAUUGGCCUUGCACAGUCCUUCCGUCUCCUCAAGUACCCCUGGAGGGCGGUCCCGCACUGGAAGCCCGCGGUCGUAGUCCAACCGGGCUCGGAAUUCACUACCGACAUGUCUGUGUACAUGAGUUGGAAUGGCGCGACCGAGCACGACAACUGGCAGAUCUACAGCAUCCCCCACAUCAACUCCACGAUCGAGGAAGCGAAAAUGCUCGCCCGUACACCCCGUUAUGGGUUUGAGACUCACGUAGACCUACGCGAUGUCGAAGGUCAUUACAUCCUGGUCGAAGCUCGGCAAGGGGAGAACGUCCUCGGCACGUCUGAUGCUGUAUUGGUUCCGCAGAGAGCGCAGGUAGAGCUUCGUUCAUGA